AAUAUGAGCCACGGAGACCGUUACACUUCUUCAUCCUACCGGAAGAUUUUCGGGGAUUCUCCCAAGUUCCCCAUCUCCUCCUCUCGCAUGGGCAGCGCCUCUCCUCGGAGCACCCCUGGGCUCAGGUCCAUGGCUGCGUCCCGCAACAGCGCGACCUCCAUGAGCCUGUACAGACGGGUCGGCCGGUCCGCCUCUUACUCUCCGGUGCCCACCGACUCCCUCGACUUGACCCAGACCUCCGUGGUCAACAGUGAGUUCAAAGUCGUCAGAACUAACGAGAAGGAGCAGCUGCAGGGUCUCAAUGAUCGCUUUGCCAUGUUCAUCGAUAAAGUUCGGCACCUGGAGCAGCAGAAUAAGAUGUUGGAGAUGGAGCUGGUGACGCUGCGGCAGAAGCAGGGCGAGCCAUCCCGUGUCGCUCAUCUCUACCAGCAGGAGCUGAGGGAGCUGCGGUCACAGGUGGAGGAUCUAAACAGGGACAAGAACCGCAUCCUGAUCCAGAAGAACAACUUUGAGGAUGAGCUGCAGAAGCUCAGUGUGAAGUUUGAUGAGGAGGUGAGGGCACGGGAGGAAGCUGAGCAAACCUUGAGAGCCUUCAGGAAGGAUGUGGAUGAUGCCACAACCGUUCGCCUGGACCUGGAGCGCCGUGUGGAGUCGCUGAUGGACGAAAUCUCCUUUAUGAGGAAAGUGCACGAUGAGGAGAUCCAGGAGCUGAGCAGCAUGAUGGAGGAGCAGCAGGUCUCUGUGGAGCUCGAGCUCGCCAAGCCAGAUCUAACCUCAGCUCUGAAGGAGAUCCGCAACCAGUACGAAUCCAUCGCCUCCAAAAACCUGCAGUCGGCCGAGGAGUGGUACAAGAGCAAGUUUGCCAGCCUCAGUGAGCAGGCCACCAGGAGCAACGAGGCCAUGAGGGCCAGUCGGGAGGAGAUCAGUGAGUUCAGGAGGCAGCUGCAGUCCAAGACCAUCGAGAUAGAAACCCUGAGGGGCGCCAAUGAGUCUCUGGAGAGGCAGAUCGCAGAGAUGGAGGAUGGACACAACUCUGAAGUCUCAGCACUGCAGGACACUAUUUCCCACCUGGAUAAUGAGCUGAGGAACCUUAAGGGUGAGAUGGCCCAGCACCUGAGAGAGUAUCAGGACCUGCUCAAUGUCAAGAUGGCCCUGGAUAUAGAGAUCGCUGCCUACAGGAAACUGCUGGAGGGGGAGGAGACCCACUUUAACUCAGGGAUGUCGUUUGGCACUGCCAGCUUCAGCUACCAGCCUCGAGCCACCGCCAGCUCCUCCAGGAGCAGCCAUAAGGAGAAAGAAGGGGCCAAGAAGGAAAGCUUCAAGGAGAGCGGUGAGGACAAAGAUGAGGCAGACAUCAACUCCAACAACUGAAGGAAGAAUGGCAGAGGAAUCUGGAGACUGUAGUUCAUAGUCACAUACUGUGUUUAUUAAGGGAAACACUACAACAAAUGUUUUAGAUUUAGAGUUGAAAGUCCCAGUAUUUAGAUGAUAUUUGGACUCUAAAACUUAUUGCAUUUUCUUAGGGUAAAAUGUUUGUCAGUAAAAAUGUAAGUCUCUGACACUAAAAAAACUGACCUCUAUAUCUAGACCAAAUGUACUGUAUGUCUCCAGAGGAAAUGAACAUGUUGCAAAUAUUAUGGUAAAUAUGUGACCAGGUAUCAAAUGCUACACAAAUCAAUUUCCAUUUUGGUGCUGUGAAAAUGCACUAAAACCUGUGUGACAGGUGAGAAAAAAAACUCAGAUACUAAACCAAACUUAAUUUCAUAGUUCAACUUCUCUGUUGUUUUGGCAUGUUUUAACAAACUAUGAAGUUAGUUAAGACUGUAUCCGUAAUUUGUGUAGAGAUGUUUCCCCCCUUGCUGACAUUAUCAGAUAGAUCAUGUUUUAUUACCACAUACACAAUGUUUUAGGCGUGAAAACUAUUAAACACAUCAGAUACUACAAGUAGUCCAGGUCCAGUGGAAAACUGUUGGUUCAGCUGCACUCAAUAAUGGAUGA